UGGCAGACAGGACUGACUAGCAACACUCGCUUUCUACAUCUGCUUGCAAUUCUUCCGUAGUCGCGCGCACUGGCCGCCUGCUUCUAUACGCGUUUCCCUCACUGCCACACACAGCUCCCUGGGAAACAGAGUCCAAUUCCUAAAUAAUUCAAGACUUUUUCUCCUCCGUGAACAAGAUGCCGGCCGUUCACAAACUACUUCUCGAGGAGGCUCUGCAGGACAGUCCGCAGACCCGCUCCUUGCUCAGUGUCUUUGAAGAGGAUGCUGGUACUCUCACAGACUACACCAACCAGCUGCUGCAGUCCAUGCAGCGAGUGUACGGGGCACAGAGCGAGAUGGCGCUGGCUACCGAACAGCUCUCCAAGCAGCUACUGGAGUACGAGAAGCAGAAUUUUGCUCUGGGGCAGGGGGACGUUGAGGUCAUCACCAUCCUGCAGGACUUUGCCAAGGCUGUGGAAGAGCUGAACGCCUUGCACGCGGAGUUGGCCACCAUGCUGGCGAACGGCAUGGUGUUUCCCAUGGUUACCUUCAGAGAGAAAGACCUCACAGAAAUCAGCACGCUGAAGGACAUAUUUAGCAUUGCCAGCGAUGAGCAUGAGGCAUCCAUGGUCAAAUACAGUCGGCUGCCCAAGAAGAGAGAGAAUGAAAAGGUGAAGGCGGACGUGGUGGCGGAGGUGGCCUACACCAGGAGGAAGCAGCACCAGGCCUCCAUGCAGUACUACUGCGCCCACAACGCCCUGCAGCACCGCAAGAGAGUAGCCAUGCUCGAACCCCUGCUCGGCUACUCACAGGCCCAAGUAAACUUCUUCAAGAAAGGAGUGGAUCUCGUUUCAAAGAAAAUGGAUGGCUUCCUGAGUCGUGCUUCGCGCACAACACAAAGCAUCCAGGCCCAGCUGGAGUCGGAGACUGAGGACAUGCGCUCCUCCCAGAGGGAGCUGCUCUCCGUGGAGGACACGGUCUACACCCCCGACCACGACCACAACCCUGUCAACCGCACUCUCAUACAGAAGGCUGGCUACCUCAACAUCAGGAACAAAACGGGCCUAGUGAGUACAGCCUGGGACCGGCUUUACUUCUUUACCCAGGGAGGGAACCUCAUGUGUCAGCCUCGUGGUGCCGUGGCGGGGGGUAUGAUCCUGGACCUGGACAACAGCUCUGUGAUGGCGGUGGACUGCGAAGACCGGCGAUACUGCUUCCAGAUCACGUCCUCUACGGGAAAAACGUCAAUAAUUCUUCAGGCAGAGAGCAAAAAAGAAUAUGAAGAGUGGAUUAGCACCGUAAACAACAUAUCCAGGCAGAUCUACCUUACCGACAACCCCGAGGCCGUGGCCAUAAAGUUAAACCAGACAGCGAUCCAGGCAGUCACACCCAUCACCAGCUUUGAGAGGAGGCUGGAGGGCUCCCCCCACCCUGACAGGGCAAACCCGGGGGCCACGCCCAUCUCCUCGGACCCGCCCCCCAAACCCCCCAGGGUCCCCGAGCCGGAGAAUCUGAUCGCACCCGGGACCCCGAUCCAGUUCGACAUCGUUCUCCCCGCCAUGGAGUUCCUGGAUCAGAACAGGGCGGGGGGACGGCGCACAAACCCUUUCGGAGAGAAGGAGGAAGACUGCACUCCUGACACUGAUGACGCGCUGCUGCAGCAGGUGUUCGAUGUGCGCUUCCUGGGCUCCAUGGCCGUGCUGUCCGGGCGGACGCCGGACGUCAUCUACGAGGCGGCCCGCCAGGUCCUGGCGGCGCGAGCCAUCCACAACAUCUUCCGCACCACAGAGGCCCAUCUGAUGGUGACCAGCAGCUGCCUGAGGUUGAUUGACCCUCAGACACAGGUUACCAGAAUAAAUUUCCAGCUCCAGGACGUGACCCAGUUUUCAGCCCACCAGGAGAACGGGCGGCUGAUGGGCUUCGUGGUGGAGGGCCGAGAUUGGGGCGAGAGGCCAGACGGGGGCGAGCCCUCCUUCAGCGCCUUCAUCUUCGAGAGCAAUACGGACGGAGAGAAGAUAUGUUACACCAUCGGUCUGGCAAAGGAGAUCACAGAAGCGAAAAAGGACCCGGCGGCUCUGGCGGAGCUGAUGAAGACCAUGCCCCUGACCAACGAUGGCAAGUUCCUGCUGCUCGACCCAGAAAGCGAGGACGACAAGGUUGCGCAAGAGGAAGAGUCGGAGGCCUGACAGGACUGAACCGGAUCAGACCAGUUUGGACCAAAUCUGUCCGGGUCACAGCAGAAGCAGGAGUGCACGCUCUCGCACAGCCCUGCUCCUACAGGCACUUCUCACAUUCAAGUACAGCUUUUCCCCACUCUCCAUACAAAUUAUACAUUACUUGUCACUUCAGCCAUAGCCAGCCUGUAUCUCCAGCUGAAUUUCCUGGAAUUUUUUCCUCAAAGCUUGAACAGUUGUAUUCCUGUUUACACUAUCUACAUGUGGUUAAUUGACCACAUCAACAGACUGAAUUUUGUGGACAGAUCGCAUGUAGCCUACAGACCCGACUGCUUGGAGUAGCGGAGAGCCCUCGUGUUCUACUGCACGCUCUGUGUAUUGGUACUUCACAAGAAAGUCGCUGAAAAUGCCACUGAGUCUUUUCUAGGAUUUAAGAGAUUUCAGAAGCGUGUUUGUUUGCACUUUCAGAAUCCGGAAGGUUUAGACCUGAGGUCUGGUGUGUGUGCGUGUGUGUGUGUGCGUGAGACAGAAGCAGGAAAAAUGAGUGGUGUUUACUUAGCAUGCUGGAUAGUUACACAGAAAAAAUAACCCAACAUGCGCAAUUUUCUACAUGCUUACUAUUGUACUGUUUAAUCAAUUAUUCCAAUAAGUUUUCAAAGGUUUACAAAUGAUGGAGAUGGUACUAUACAGUCGAGUUGAAAUGCAUUUUUGACAUUAAGAGGCAGUCUGAGUAUAUGUGGAUCUCAGCUGCUAGGGUGUUAGUUUGUACAGGACGUAAAAUAGUCACUGACUCUCCUGUAGUACAGUGUGUCGCCUGCACUGUUUAAAAUUUUCUGUGGGUCUCCUGCAGUACUGUAUGUGGCCUGUGGGGUGUGAAAUGGUGACUGGCUCUCCUGUAGUACCGUGUGCGGCCUGUAGGGUUUUAAAUUGUAACUGGCUCUCCUGAAGUACCGUGUGUGGCCUGUAGGAUUUUGUAAAAAAAAAAAAAAAAAUCACUGUCUUUCCUGUAGUACUGAGAGUGGCCUGUGGGGUUUAAAAUCGUCACUGGCUUUCCUGUAGUACUGUGAGUGGCCUGUGGGGUUUAAAAUGGCCACUGGCUCUCCUGUAGUACAGUGUGUGGCCUGUAGGGGGUAAAAUAGUCACCCAGUGCAGUUUAGCUGCAGUGCUCCCGGUGUGAAAGUGUGGUUGGCAUAACAAACUUCAAUAACCACAACUGGCAAUUCCAAAAAUGGGGAGUUUGUGCUUCUCUGUAGUCAUCAUUUCAUCAUUGGGCUGAAGCUUGGAAAAGCCCAAGCAGCAUCACUCUGAUAUAAUGUUUUUUUUUUCUUUAAAAAAAGCCUUGUGCAGUUCUGUGGCCAUCACUCUAUGAAGAGAGAGUGCUGACUCAGUAAUUUGGUGCACAACCCCAUGUAAUGAAAUUUGACACUCGGAAAAAGCCAAUCUGUACAGCACAUAUCCGGAGCUGCAGGGCCAUGCAACAGCGACAAAUGACAAAAGGAAAAUCAGACCUAGAAAAGGGCCUGCUGUCUGCUCAUCCACAGCACACAAAACUAAAUGUUAUUCACUCGGGUCAGGAUAUUUUUGUCACGUAAUUUGUCUGGUUUAAGGUGCAUGCUCUUUGUUUUGAAGGCUCUGUCUCUGAAGGCAGUCUAUUGUAUACCCUAUACCUAUGGCUCUGGUCCUGGGGGGCCUUCUGCGGUUCGCUAUGAAUCAACAGCGGUCUAUUUAGGCCCCGGACACAAGGUGCGUAGACUCUUUAGCCUAAACUUAAAUGGUGAAGUAAAUCUCUUCAGUGGUGAAACGCAUUAGAAAUUUUGAGACACUGCAGCCCUCCAGGAUUGGAGUCUGAUAUCCCCAAUCAAACUGCUUUACUGGCAUCGAAUGGAGUUUGGGGAGCUGAGAAUUAAAAUAGUCUUACCUGAUUUUUACCUGAAUUCCCUCUGGUAGGCACUGUAAAUUUUCAGGAUUUUAGUGGUACUUAAGUUUGCGUGAAGUCAAUAACAAGCAGUGGCAGAGAUGGAAAUGUCACUCCAAAUAUGCAGAAGUUGGAGCCAUUCUGUGUUUUACAGGAGGAAGUCUAUUGCAGUGACUAAAAUCCACCAGCAGGGGGCUUCCGCUCGGUGUUUACGUGAAACAGGUCAAACUCCUUGUGUACUUAGGGUACUAACUUACUUGGGGUUCCGACUCUCUUUCAAAAGUCCAAGAUGGAGAAACACAGUAAAAGUUAUUCCUCCAAAACUUUUGGAAACUGUUGAGAGUCCAACUUUCGUCUCUUACUUGUAUUUUUUAAUAACUUUUUUUUUUGGGGGGGGGGGGCUGGGGCGUUGUUGGCUAACUUUUGCUAUAUUGUUACUAUUAUCCAUAGUUGAUGCUGCACAGGAUUGUGCAUGUCCAGUAUAAUCAAUAAUCAUCGUUAAAUGAGCUUUAGGAGGGACGUCUGUACUGUUUACAUGUCAAACCAGGAUGACAUCACUUUGUUUUUUUAACUUGUGCUGCUUGAAAACACCAUGUCUCGCUACAAGUAAAAAUAUGACAUUGCAGCAAGUGCUUAAUAUUCCAUCUUUUAAUAUCUGACAAACUAUAACUGUUGCUUUCAAUUCACCAUGUCCAUAUUCUGUACAGCUUUGGACACUGUUUGACCUAGCAUCUUCUAAAACCAUGUAACUUAUAUCCUUUAAAAGUAAAUGACACUUUUUUGUGCUGCUGUUUGUCAGUGUGUGCAUUGUAGCUUACUGUUAUGCCUCAUGAUGAUUACACGUCUUGAUCGAAAUGGAAAUCUUAAUAUUAUUCAAAUAAAUUCUUCAUUGGGUAAUCUCACAGGGAAUGCAAAUGGGCAAGUCCAGGCAUAUUGAAAUACUCAGUCUAUGCAAUCCCCCUGCCUCAAUGCUUUGGAGCAAUAGUGGCAUAAACCUAGUAAGAAGGCUCUCUCUCUCUCUCUAUAUAUAUAUAUAUAUAUA